GUCUGUGAAACUUGUGAUUAGCUGUAGUUUUAUAAUGUGUUACAAAUUGGGUAAAGUAGUAGAAAAUUGUCAAAGCAGUUGGCAGGGCAGUUUUGGUAUUAUUUCAUCUUGCUGCUUUCAUAAGAGAAAUCUUGCAGAAUUAAGUGUGGAUGACUUUCUUGCCUCUAAAUUUGAUUCUGAAAGUGAUGAGGAUUCAGAGGGAAAGCCAGUACCUCUGGCUGAGAAAAAGAACAAGGGAAAAGCACUGGAGACAAGUAAAGUGAAGAAGGCAGCCCCUGCGCCUCAAAAAAAAAAAAAGAAAAAAGGAGAAGCUUCUGAACAUAAACAGCAGCUGUCCAGACUUCGAGAUAAAGAUCCUGAGUUUUACAAGUUCCUGGAAGAGAAUGACAAAACUUUGCUGAAUUUUGAUGACUCUGACACCUCUGAUGAUGACAAAGAGAAAGUGCACAGAUUGCCGGACCAUCUUGAGGAGGCAAGCAGUGAGGAUGAGGAAGAUGAAGCUAUGGUCAAGUCAAAAAAAUCACAAGAUCUUAUCAUUGUGACAUCGAAGAUGGUAGAUAAGUGGAAAGAAGCAGCAAAGACUCAGUUGACCCCCAAGGUGUUCCAUGAAAUAAACCAGGCAUUUAAAGCAGCUGUGUCGACAACUAAAGGCAGCGAUGCAGGUGGAGGCCCCAACAAAUACAAAGUCGCUGACAGUGCAGUGUUUAAUAAGCUUAUCAUAUUCUGCAUUCAGGACCUAUUUGUUGCUGUACAGAAACUGCUUCAGCUGAAUCCGGAUAAAGACAAAAAUAAGUUGAUAUUGCCUUCAACAAGCCCACGGUGGUCAAAAGUCCGUUUGGAUAUCAAGAUGUACCUUGGAGGUGUUGUUCAGCUGCUGUCAUGUUUAACAGAAGCCUCCGUAUUAAGUGCAGUUCUUCGACAUGUCAGUGCAAUAGUGCCAUAUUACUUGAUUUUCCCAAAGCAGUGCAGAAUACUUCUGAAGCAAGUGAUUACUCAGUGGAGCACCGGCGAAGAAACUGUGCGAGUCCUGGCUUUUUUAAUUCUCAACAAACUGUGCAGACAUAAGCAGGAUGCCUAUUUGAACCAAAUCUUGAAGCAAAUGUACAUUGCUUAUGUGAAGAACUGUAAAUUCACAUCACCAAAUGUGCUCCCUCUGAUAAAUUUUAUGCAACGGACACUGACUGAGAUGUAUGCCAUUGAUACACAGGUCUCUUACCAGCAUGCUUUUCUCUACAUCCGCCAACUGGCUAUUCAUCUACGAAAUGCCAUGACAGUGAAGAAAAAGGAAGUGUAUCAGUCAGUUUAUAACUGGCAGUAUAUCCACUGUCUAUAUCUUUGGUGUCGUGUCCUGAGCUCCAUCUACCCCAGUGAAGUGUUGCAACCAUUGAUCUACCCUCUUACUCAAGUCAUUCUUGGUUGUAUUAAGUUGGUGCCUUCAUCCCGUUUCUACCCACUCAGACUACACUGCGUUCGAGCCCUAACACUGCUGUCAAGUAGCACAGAUACCUUCAUUCCUAUCAUGCCCUUUAUACUUGAGGUUUUCCAGCAAGUUGACUUCAACAAGAAACCUGGCCGGAUCAGUGUCAGACCAAUUAAUUUUGCAGUGAUCCUGAAGCUGUCAAAAGCAAAUCUGGAAGAGAAAGCUUACAGAGAUGGCCUAAUCGAACAGCUGUAUGACUUCACAUUGGAGUACUUCCACAGCCAAGCUUUUCGUAUCGGAUUUCCAGAGCUGGCAUUACCAACUAUCAUUCAGUUCAAGGCUUUCCUGAAACAAUGUAAAGUUGCAAAUUACUGCAGACAGAUCAAACAGCUGCUGGAGAAGAUCCAGGAGAAUUCUGCAUUCAUCACCAGCCAGAGGCAGAAGGCAACCUUUGGUGUGGCUGACAAAGAAGCUGUGAACCUUUGGGAGAAGCAGAUGAAAGCCGAGAUGACCCCUUUGAUGAAGUAUUACGUUAACUGGAAGAAGCUGAGAGAAAAGGAGAUACAGUUGGAGAUUUCUGGCAAAGAAAGGCUUGAGGACUUAAACUUCCCAGAAAUAAAACGGAAAAAGCUACAGGACAAAAAAGAAGACGACCGCAAAGAAUUUAAGGACCUCUUUGAGUCUGAUAGUGGUAGUUCAGAGGAUGAAAACAGUGGAUUUAAAGUAAAAGAUCCAUCAAAACCCUCAAAAAAGGCUGACGCUGAAGAAGACUUCUCGGAAGACCUGUCUGAUAUGAGCAGUGAUGAUGUUGAAGGAGAGUAUGAAGUUGAUGAUGAGGGAUCCUUUGAAGAUGACAAUUCAGAAGAUAAACUGUCAGAAUUUCAAAUGUGGGACACUCCCAAGCAGACCCAUACCCUAAGUUUACAGAGUCAAGGAGUCCUUAAUCUGAAAAGGCCUGCAUUUGACUUGCUUAUAGCAAAAAAAUCAUUCAGAAAGGUAGCCCCUGGUAUGAGGAACUAA